CUUACAAUGAACUGGACAGUUCCUUCCUGUAAUACUAUCAUUAUUGGCUUUAACAACUUUGUGAACAGACAACGUUGAUUUCAGGCCAUUCAGAGUAGUCACAGGAUCCCUCUAGACGCCACGUAAGAUUUCGGACGUCCUCUCCUCAGGGCAGUCGCCUCAGCAAGGCAUGGCAGCUUCGGAAGGCAACCAGUCUACACCAAUCAAGCCUGGGUCCCGCCAGGGUAUCACGAACAAGGUCGGGCGUAAUGCAGCCGAGCUGGCAAAGCCCUGUUUCCCGGCCGGGACGUCGAGGGUUUCGCGCUCGCGAGCAACAAGGGCGCUGGGCCUUCGAAAGCGGAAGCCUGUUAGCCCUCAGUCGCCUCCAAGUCCUAACCAGGAAAGCGCAGUAAAUAGCCGGACUGGCAAAGUUGCGUUUGGCCCAUGGCUGGGUCCCUUCGAGGCCAGCACCAGCGCCAUGGGCCCCUCCGACCCGCUCUUCGCGGACCCCAACGGCAACACCUACAACUCCCUCAGUGCCGUACAAAUGGAUCCCCCCGCCGCCUCCGACGACACCACCGCCGCGCCUCAUGACAAGCAGCCCCAGUCGGCGCCCUCCAAGCAGCAGCAGGCCAAGGCUGCGGCGGCCAAGGUGGCGGGCAGCGCCACCGCCGCCACGCAGCAGCUGGUGGUGAUGAUGAACAAGAUGGUGCAGCGGGCGGCGGCAGCGGCGGCGGCGCACACGCGGCAGCCGGCGCAGUGGCUGGGUCGCAGCAAGGCGCAUGGCAGCGGGCGCUGCAACACCACCAUGGCCCGCGCCAUCAACCAGCCGCGCAAGAGCUGAAGCAGAUGCGUUAAGGGAACCGCAGCGUAAGAGCUGAAGCGGACUGCGAAAGGGUGUAGUAUGGUCCUUUCAAGCGGUGUACGAUAUUACGGAGUUGGGAAUUACCUGCGGGCUACAAGUGGGCAGGAAACAGGUGCGCAGAUAACGAGUGUGGUGUAAUUCUACGGAAACGGGAGGGAAGGGAGUGGAUGAUGUAUCCUUUGUAUGUACAAUGCGCUUAGCAGGAAUGUCGUCUGCAGCUGGAGUGUAGACGGGACGUGCGGCAACCCAUGAGCAUGCUGUGGGUGCGUGUAUAAGCAGUAGACGGUUCGGUCGUAAAAAUUUGUCCUGUAGUUUUAUACUAAAUAGGUAAGCCGGGUAUGCGAAGCUUCAACAUGGCGAUUGAUAGGGCAAUGAAGUGUGUGUAGUUGAGCGUAAACAAGAGCAAGCAGUUGGGAUAGGUUCGCAUGUGAACAUGUGUGUAACUGUCACUUGCUGGUUGGUUGAUGUCUUCCGUACAGCUUGCAUGGUAGGAUGAUAUACUACAAAUUGUACAGGUUUUUCGUCUCGCUGGGAUCUCGAUCCAGGUUGUUUUCAUGGUUGUGUAGCGUUUAUUACAGUAGCAGGCAUGCCAUCCACAGUAUGCCAGCGUGGAUGCAUCUUGUGCACAACAACCCACAUGGCUGUCUUGUUGUUCGAGGAGGUAGUUUUUCGACCGGUUGUUUCGGACCCGUCGUGUGUCCUUGUAUGCAGUGUGAGGGAAGGCGGCUUCAUGCGAGGACUCGGCACGCGGCAUCCUGCCCGCUGUGCACCGGUGUCCUGGCACGUGUUGUAUAAAUAGCGUCGUAGUGCUGCCACGGGCGACUUGUUGCUAAGGUAUACAAAUGCGGCUCUUAGUAUACCUUGCUCCCACGCAAGACGUCCACCAUCCGAAUAGGCCACACACGGUUUUUGGACACCAGU